AUGCCUCCCUCUUCACCACCCCCAGCCACCCCCUCGAUUCGACGCCCAUCGCUCGACGACUCCGACUCGGACGGCACCCAGGCGACGCUGCAGCAACAACGCCGCUCUCCCCUCCCCGCCGCCAUACUCUCGCCCUCGUCGGCAAAGUCGCCGACAUCAGCAGACUCGCGCGCCGCUCCAGCACAGAACUACCCGCGUCCAGGCAUUGUGCGCGAUGCUACGCAGAGUUCAGGCCACAUUGGCGCGCAUCUAGGACACCGCCCACGCCAGCGCUCCCAGGGCUAUUUCGAGCCCAGUUUGAGCUCCAUGAAGGAGGGCUCCAUACGCGACCGAGACAACACCAUGGCCUCGCAGACAAACCUUACCGCUUCCCAGAUUGCAGCCCAGGCCGCCUAUGCCUCGAAUCCUCAGCACAAUCGCAAGCGCUCCACCACCAUACCAGCUCCGAGUGAAGCUGCGCCUACUGGACGCGGCCAGCCCAUGAGUCCGCCGCCCAUGCCUGCUAAUUCCCAGGUCACGUUUAGGACAAACGGCAUGACAUAUUCGAAUGGCGUCAUGGGAGGCAGGAUGGCUGCAACGAGUGCUGCCAACGCCGCGUUUCCUCGCAGUCCGCUGAACUCGCCUGGCAUUGAAGGACAGCAACAACAGCAACAGCAACAGCAGCCACACGCAUCGCCUAAGCCAGCCUCGUCGACGCCCGAGCUGCCGCAACUGCAGAGACCGAAGGAGGGGAAGAGCAGGCUAGGCGGGAAGCUGUUCUCGUCCAAGCCCAAGAACAUCAAGGUGGACAAUAUGCUGAGCGGCAAAGACCAGGCAUUGCCGUCGCCAGGGAAGAUUGGUAUCGGCAUUCAUAGCUCGCAGGCGCUGAAUCGCAUGAUGAUGGCAGGCUCGACGACGAGUUUAGUUGACUCGGGAACCAACAGCAGUAACGCUUCUUUGUAUUCGUCCGCCAACGCAUCGACGUCUACACUAGUACCCCCACGCAACGAUUCCCUACCAGAGAAGAAGGAAGAGAAGCAUAAACACCACUUUUUAUCGCGGCAGAAGCACAAACUGAAGGAUCAAGAUGGCUUUGCUCUCCCAUUAUCCUCUGCGAGUAGUAAUUCUAAACCAACAAACCCUAGCGCUCCCGAGCCGCUGUAUUCCUUCGCGCCGUCAUCGCCAGGACAUUCAAGCUCGUUUGCGAACUCGGUGACGGGCUUGGAUCUCAGACACGGUGGCCGGCAUUUGCGGCGAGCAAAAAAGGAAGAAAAGGCCGCUGCGUUCCUUGACGCUCAGCUGGAACCUCCGUACCGAGAACGGAACCAGUCGUUUAGUACCGAACGGUCAGAAUGGCCGAGUCUUUCUAGCAGUAUAACGACGACACCGAAUAUGGCGACACCCGGUCAAACAAUAUCUCAUACAACAGAGAUGCUGCAUCUGGGGAGUUCAUUUGGCAUCAACGGCCUGUCACCCGAUGACGCCUGGCCACUGUUAAAAGCAAGGGUAUUAUUGAUAUUUGAGGGCGAAGACCCCCGGCCGCCAGUCGAAGACUUCAACGCUUUAGUCACCGUCCACAUCAAACGCUGCAUCCACAAACGAUCCCCCAUAAUUCUCAUUGAGGAUUUGAAUGAGCUCCUCCAAACGGGUUUCGGCUCUUUAGACCAAACACUACGUCAUGUUCCUGACGAUCGGCUUAUCCCUCAUUUGGUAGAAAUGUGGCUCGUGGUCUUCACUACCAUCCUACCUUUUUUGCAAGCUGUUUUCCUACCGCUAGACUUGGAGUUCCGAGGCUCAGGCAUAAUGACAAGUGCCCAAGCGGCAGAGUUCUGGGGUGUCAUGUUGCCAGACGAAAUGAAUACCAAGAGUCCUGAACAUAGGAAUAUACCGAUACUCGGGGAGUUGGAAGUGAGGAGAAUAACGCUGUUGAUGUUUAGGGAUAUUGUGAUACUACCACGUUAUGAAGCGCUCAUGGCCAUCUUCUCAAGACUGAGUUUGGAGAAUUUGAAUGCAGGGUUGGAAAGCCCGAGUCCGAUUCCAGAUGGCGUUAUGAGUGGACAGCAGCAGCAGCAGCAGCAACAGAGGCCGGGUACAGCUGGAAGUAGCAGCGGCGACAUGGCCAUGGGCAGUCUCAACUCGACAUCGCAGAGCUCAGGGGGCUAUCUGGAGAGUACGACGAGUAUCACGAGUUCGACUUUUGCCGCCAGCACACGCAGCAGAGCGACGAGUAACACGUCGGCUGGUUCCUUUUCCUCCAACCCAUCACAACAUCCCCCCACCUCGAACCCUUACCAACUCAACCCCCUACAUCCUACCAUCUCGCACUUGCACCCCCCACCCACCACCUCCCAUUCUUCUUCAAACCACAACAAUGCCCCUUCGAGCUUGCGCCAGACCCCCAUGGAUAGCACAAAAGUGACGGAGACUGUGGGCAGAAUGCUGCAGUGCGUGUCUGUCCUCGUCUCGUUGCAGUCGAGCGAUGAUGCGCAGGACAAGAUUAGUAGGUUGAGCAAGGAGCUCAAGUAUAAUUGGUUGGGUAGGGGUAGGACGGGCAGACAGAGACAAGGUUUUGUGGGGCCGAGGAGUAGAGGGCUUAAUCUCGCUGCUGGUGGUGUUUCCGUUCCAGGUGUUGGUGCGUAG